AUGUCUUCGUCUCUGUCUCCUGGAAACGACCUCUUCAUUGGAGGUCCGCAAAUGCGCCAACCAUCCCUCUCGUUUUUAUAUCGAUUGGAAUGCGACAUCGCCAAAGAGGAAAUCGAUAUUGGCGCGCCACAUGAUACAGGCGUGAUUCGAAGUAUUGCCAAUAUUGUGCGAGGCAGCAUGAAAGGACCUGGAAUUGAGGGCUCUGUUCUACCUCUGGGAGGAGCCGACUGGGCAACUGUGGUGAAAGGGACCCACUCCAUGACUCUCGAUGCUCGGUACACUGUUCGAACUACCGAUUGCCACUACCUCUACAUUCGCGCUCAUGGUCUAUAUCGUCCCGGGCCGGGCACAAACUAUGCAAAACAAGUCGAAAGCAAUCCGACGAUGAUUCCACCAUCGAUCGUAUCGCAAAACGAUGUGGAGUUCUUUUCUCAUCUCAGGGUUGAAGCUGGACCUGGCCCAUACAACUGGUUGAACGGGCUGGUUUGUCUUGGCGUUAUGGUUUGCGAAGGAGAGAAGAUUUGGAUAGAUGCGUACCACCUGACCAACUUCCCGGGUAUCAAGCCGGAAAGUGUAAUGGUAAAAGCAUAG